AUGAGUGCCAUGUUGGAAACCCCUGAGCUGCCAGCAGUGUUUGAUGGGGUGAAGCUGGCUGCAGUUGCUGCUGUGCUGUAUGUUAUUGUUCGCUGCUUGAAUUUAAAAAGCCCAACUGCCCCUCCUGAACUCAUCUACCAGGACUCUGCUUUGGCCCGCUUUCUGCUCAAAUCCUGCCCACUUUUGACCAAAGAGUACAUUCCACCCCUGAUCUGGAGUGGACAUAUCCAGACUGCCCUUUAUGGAAAAAUGGGGAGAGUGAGAUCACCACAUCCGUAUGGACUCCGCAAGUACCUGACGAUGCCAGAUGGAGCAACAGCCACCUUUGAUCUCUUUGAGCCACAGUCUGAGCACUGCACUGGAGAUGAUGUCACGAUGGUGAUCUGCCCUGGGAUUGCCAACCACAGUGAAAAGCAGUAUAUCCGUACUUUUGUUGACUAUGCUCAAAAAAAUGGGUACAGGUGUGCUGUCCUGAACCACUUGGGAGCCUUACCAAACAUUGAGCUCACUUCUCCACGGAUGUUCACGUAUGGUUGCACCUGGGAAUUUGGUGCCAUGGUUAAUUACAUCAAGAAGACCUACCCUCAGACCCAACUGGUCGUUGUGGGCUUCAGCCUGGGUGGAAACAUUGUGUGCAAAUAUGUGGGAGAGAGCCAGGCCAACCAGGAGCGAGUGCUGUGCUGCGUCAGCGUGUGCCAGGGGUACAGUGCACUGAGGGCACAGGAAACCUUCAUGCAGUGGGAUCACUGUAGAAGAUUUUACAACUUCCUCAUGGCAGACAACAUGAAGAAGAUCAUCCUUUCUCACAGGCAAGUUCUUUUUGGAGAUAACAACCUGAAGAAGCCACAGAGCCUGUUAGAUGCAGAUCUGAGCAAACUCUAUACAGCAACAUCCCUUAUGCAGAUUGAUGAUAACAUUAUGAGGAAGUUCCAUGGCUACAGUUCCCUGAAGGAAUAUUAUGAAAAAGAAAGCUGCCUGCAGUAUCUGCACAGGAUCCAUGUUCCCCUUCUGUUGGUUAAUGCUGCUGAUGACCCUCUUGUGCAUGAGAGUCUUCUAUCAAUUCCAAGAGCUCUUUCAGAGAAACGGGAAAACGUCAUGUAUGUGCUGCCCCUUCAUGGAGGCCAUCUGGGAUUUUUUGAGGGGUCUGUACUAUUCCCAGAACCUCUUACGUGGAUGGAUAAGCUUGUGGUGCAGUAUGCCAAUGCCAUUUGCCAGUGGGAGAAGACAAAGUCUCACUGCUCAGACUCAGAGCAGGCUGUAUCUGGCCAGGAGUAAACGACCCAAAGACUCUGGAUCACUUCAGUAUAUUUCUCCCUUUGGGAACAUCUUGUUUGUUCCCACACCUGCUGCUUCAGGUUUCC